GCUAAGGCUCUAACAACAAAAGUAGAAAACCUUAAAUGCGAUUCGUUAUUAUGCUUUUGUGAGGAAGAGGCGGAUAUAAAGAGUCAACAACUUCUCAUCUCUAUUGAGGAUUGAUCUCAACAAACCUUAAAAGCAAGAAACACACAUGGGGUUAGCAGCAGAACCAGCUUCAAGUAAUGAUGACAAGACACCAUUGUUGCUCUCUCACCCUCUCAAAAGAACAGGGACGGUGUGGACGGCGGUGGCGCACAUAGUGACAGGAGUGAUAGGAUCAGGAGUGCUGUCUCUGGCAUGGAGCAUUGGACAGCUUGGAUGGAUUGCAGGGCCAUUCUCCAUUCUCAUCAUUGCCUCAUUCACUCUCAUUUCUUCUUUCCUUCUUUCCAACACUUACCGUUCUCCACAUCCUCAAUUUGGACCUCACCGUAGUGCCUCUUACCUUGAUGCUGUUCAUUCUCAUCUAGGACUAAAGAAUGGACGGUUAUGUGGCCUUCUUGUGAAUAUAAGCUUAUAUGGUUUUGGAAUUGCUUAUGUUAUUACAUCAGCUAUCAGCAUAAGAACAAUCUUGGUUUCAAUUUGUUACCAUACCAAUGAAGAAGAAGUAGCAUGUGAGUUUGUAGAUGCAUAUUAUAUGCUGAUUUUUGGGGCUAUACAAGUUGUACUUUCACAGAUACCAAACUUCCAUAACAUUGAAUGGCUUUCGGUUGUUGCUGCAAUCAUGUCAUUUGCUUAUUCUUUCAUAGGAAUGGCCCUUUCCAUUCUGCAAAUCAAAGAAAAAGGUUAUGUUGAAGGUAGCAUUGAAGGAAUCAGAAGCAGGAGUAGAACUGAAAAGUUAUGGCUUGUUGCUCAAGCACUUGGUGACAUAUCAUAUUCCUAUCCAUUCUCAACAAUUCUCUUGGAAAUUCAGGAUACUCUAAAGUCACCUCCACCGGAAAACCAAACUAUGAAGAAGGCCUCUGUGAUAUCGGUGGCGAUCACAACGUUCUUCUACCUUGGCUGUGGAGGAGCUGGAUAUGCAGCUUUUGGUAAUGAUACACCAGGAAACCUCUUAACAGGUUUUGGAUCCUCCAAGUAUUAUUGGCUUGUUAACUUUGCCAAUGUUUGUAUUGUGGUUCACCUUGUUGGUGCAUAUCAGGUACACAAAUACAACAUAGUCUUAGUAUAUAAUAUCAAACGUUAAAUUUUAGAAUAAUGCUACACAUCUAAGUCUUUUUAUUAAUCAUAGUCCAACCAAAAUAAACCAUAAGACUUAGAAUAAUACUAGUCAUAACUGCUUUCAUUAUGUUAGACUAACUUGGUUAGACUUGAUUAACAAAAGACUUGGAUGGAUAACAUUAUUCUAAAUUUUUUAUUUAGUUCUCUAAUUUCACUGUUGGAGUAAACUAUCAUCAAAUAAUUGUGUUGUUUAUCAUGUCUGCUGUGAUAUUCUCUCUGUUUUAAAAUAAGUAUCUCUUUCACUUUUUUUGGUC